AGGAGGCCGCGUCACGUGGUCCGCGCGGCCAGCCCCGCCCACGGACCACAUGACCCCCGCUAUCCAGCUUGGCUGGGGGGCUGCGGCAAGGAAGGCGAUUGCGCAGGCCUCCAGGACUGCUCAUGCUGCUGUGGGCCAACAGGCUUUCACCAUGAACAUGAGGAAGCCACUCUGCUCUAACUCCGUGAUUGGGGUCUGCACCCUCAUCUCCUUGAUUUCUGCUGUUAUUGUGGGCCACCUCAUGCUCCGUGACUUCAUGCUGCUUCCGCAGGACCUUCACGAGUCCUCUCCAGGACUGCAGAAGACUUUCAGACCUCACCACUGGGAAGGUUACGGGCCAAGGCCCCAGCGCCUCCAGAAGCACCCCGACCAUCCCGCGGCGGUGCCCGUGCAGUGUGACGUGCCCCCCAACGGCCGCUUUGACUGCGCCCCGGACAAGGGCGUCUCCCGGGAGCAGUGCGAGGCCCGGGGCUGCUGCUAUGCCCCAGCAGGGCCGGUGCGGAAGGGCUCGCUGAUAGGGCAGCCCUGGUGUUUCUUCCCUCCCAGUUAUCCCAGCUACCGGCUAGAGAACCUGAGCACUACAGAGACGGGGUACACAGCCACCCUGACCCGAACCAGGCCAACCUUCUUCCCAAAGGAUGUGCUGAGCUUACAGCUGGACGUGCUGAUGGAGACCGACAGCCGCCUCCACUUCAUGAUCAAAGAUCCCACUAAUAAACGCUACGAAGUGCCCCUGGAGACCCCGCGUGUCCUGAGCCAGGCACCAUCCCCACUCUAUAGCGUGGAAUUCUCAGAGGAGCCCUUUGGACUGAUUGUUCGCCGGAAGCUAGAUGGCCGGGUGCUGCUGAACACUACCGUGGCCCCCCUGUUCUUCGCUGACCAGUUCCUACAGCUGUCCACGUCACUGCCCUCCCAGCACAUCACAGGCCGCGAGCACCUUAACCCGCUCCUGCUCAGAACUGAAUGGACUCGGAUCACCCUCUGGAACCGGGACAUGGCACCCUUGCAAGGUGCCAACCUCUAUGGGUCACACCCUUUCUACCUGGCGCUGGAGGACGGUGGCUUGGCUCAUGGUGUCUUCCUGCUAAACAGCAAUGCCAUGGACGUGAUCCUGCAGCCGAGCCCGGCCCUCACCUGGAGGUCAACAGGAGGGAUCUUGGAUGUGUACGUGUUCCUAGGCCCAGAGCCCAGGAGUGUUGUGCAGCAGUACCUGGAUGUUGUGGGAUACCCCUUCAUGCCGCCAUACUGGGGCCUGGGUUUCCACCUCUGCCGCUGGGGUUACUCCUCCACUGCCAUCAUCCGCCAGGUGGUGGAGAACAUGACCAGAACGCACUUCCCCCUGGAUGUGCAGUGGAAUGACCUGGACUACAUGGACGCCCGCAGGGACUUCACCUUCAACCAGGACGGCUUUGCCGACUUCCCAGAAAUGGUUCGCGAGCUCCACCAGGGUGGCCGGCGGUACAUGAUGAUAGUGGACCCGGCCAUCAGCAGUUCAGGCCCUGCUGGGAGUUACAGGCCCUAUGAUGAGGGUCUUCGGAGGGGCGUGUUCAUCACCAAUGAGACUGGGCAGCCACUGGUUGGGAAGGUAUGGCCUGGAUUCACCGUCUUCCCCGAUUUCACCAACCCUGAGACCCUUGACUGGUGGCAGGACAUGGUGUCUGAGUUCCACGCCCAGGUGCCCUUUGAUGGAAUGUGGAUUGACAUGAACGAACCAUCCAACUUCAUUCGAGGCUCCCAGCAGGGCUGCCCUGACAACGAACUGGAGAACCCUCCCUAUGUGCCCGGGGUGGUUGGCGGGUCCUUGCAGGCAGCCACCCUCUGUGCCUCCAGCCGCCAGUUCCUCUCCACACACUACAAUCUCCACAACCUGUACGGCUUGACGGAAGCCAUCGCCUCCCACAGGAGACGCACUGGCAGCAGAGAAGCACCAGACUUAGAACUGAGACCCCUUGAGCAAGAUGUCUGGGUCUGGACCGUUGCGUUCCCUUCUCGCGUUCUGAGGUGGCUCUCAGGUGCUACACUUCGAGAGUCUCCAGGGCCCCCGGCUGCCACCCGGGUCUUCCCGGGCUCUAAGGAGACAUACACUCGCUUUCUGACGGCGAGAGAAAAGCACGAGUGCCAAGACGAGAGGAAGGGAGACUGGGGGGAAAAUGCAUCAGAGGAGCUGUGUGUACGCUGGACCCAGUUGGGGGCCUUCUACCCCUUCAUGCGGAACCACAAUGACCUCAAUAGCAUGGGAGAAUUGAUGGGAGCUUGCAUCGUCAAGUUUGAGAGUACUAAUCAGCGCGCCUCUCUUUCCACUGUCUGCGCACACGACCAUCAGCCCUCAGACUUCUACCAAGUGGAGAUUACAGCAGAGUUCCAGAGGAAACAGCUUCGACGAGCAGAGGACGAUCGAGCGUUGUGGAAUGUGCCUUGCUACGUAUUCAGCGCAUACGACACCGUCCUCAGCCGUACCUGUACACUCUCUCAACGGGGUGUCCUUGGGUGUCACACAGAGGGAACACCACAGGGUGCAGACACAUCGGGAUCGCGGUCUUUCACCAGGCCUCUUAGAACCUCAAGCUUCCAGGGCCAGGAACAUCUGGUAGUAUGGAAAACUGGCUGGGGUCGCCGGCUAGGCGGCAUAAUGAGGCUGCAAGCUCAACUGAGGAGUAACUGCGGUCAGUUCCCUCACAAUACACCCUAUGACUGUGAACCCGCGCGAAACACAUGCAAAGUGACUGGCUACCUUCCCGAGGGCAACAUGUACGAGUGGUUUAUGAUUGAUAAGGCCGGCAGGAUCAGGAUGCAAACAGAAAGCGGCGAGGCCUGUGGAGAGCUGUUCUGGGAUGAUGGAGAGAGCCUUGGAGUUCUGGAGCGUGGGGCCUACACACUGGUCACCUUCUUGGCCAAGAACAAUACCAUCGUGAACAAGUUGGUACACGUGACCAAGGAGGGGGCUGACCUACAGCUGAGGAAGGUGAUCAUCCUGGGAGUGACCACAGCCCCCACACAGGUCCUUUCCAAUGGUGUCCCUGUCUCCAAUUUCACCUACAGCCCGGACAGCAAGACCCUGGCCAUCCCUGUCUCACUGCUCAUGGGAGAAGAGUUUCAGAUUGAUUGGUCCUAGCAGACCACACCUGUUUAGAGGCCUCUCAGUGAGGCGAUGUACAGCUUUGGAUGGUGGCCUGUAAGAACCUGAGUCCUGGUCUUGACACAUCUUUGGUUUUUUUCCACUAUGUUGCUGCUUCUGCCCUUGAGGCACUGUGUUAGGAAAGGAGUGAGGCUUGCUAGUCUGUCUGUCCCCAGCUGUCCGUCCCUGACACUAGAGAAUGUGGAGCUCAGCAUGGGGACACUGUACCUGCACCAACAGGUCAUGCAGCCACUGCGACUGUGACCCUACAGAGACAGAGCUGGUGAUGCCGUCAGGGUCAUAAGACUUGAGAAACUUACUGUGAAGUGCACUUAUUUAAAUAAACAGGACAUUUGGAACCAG